ACUUAAUCUCUGUGUAAACUGCCCCAUGUUGUGUAUCAUAAUAUUAAGUGAACGCAAACUUGUUUUCGGAAGAUUGAUUGGAAUGAAAACACAAAACGCAUCGCGUCUCUGAAAUAACAGUCGUGCUCUCGCUUUAGAAAAUUUUCAAUUACGGAAAGUUUGCAAGUUGUUUGUUAUCUUUAACCGUCGCCUAGGCUAGUCCGGACGGGAGUUUGUUUAUACUUCGCCAUCAUGCACACCAUAUUCAGCGACCACCAAAACGCAUACUACCGCUCCGGCGGCGGUUACUCGACGGCCGCGGCCGCCGCCGCCGUCACCUCCAACCCCUACGCCUACGAGCAAUACUCCAGGUAUGGGUACGCCGCCGCCUGGCACCAUCAGCAACAUCCUCUCGCCACCACCAAGGACAUGGUCAAACCGCCCUAUUCCUACAUCGCCCUCAUCGCCAUGGCCAUCCAGAACGCCCAAGACAAGAAAAUCACCCUGAACGGCAUCUAUCAGUUCAUCAUGGAGCGAUUUCCCUACUACAGGGAGAACAAACAAGGUUGGCAAAACUCCAUAAGACACAAUCUCAGUUUGAACGAGUGCUUUGUGAAAGUGCCGAGAGACGACAAGAAACCGGGCAAGGGCAGCUACUGGACCCUGGACCCCGACUCUUACAACAUGUUCGACAACGGGUCGUACUUGAGGCGCCGCAGGCGCUUCAAGAAGAAGGACGCCCUGAAGGAAAAGGAGGAAGCCAUCAAAAGGCAACAACUCCAAUCCGACUCUCCGACACACCUCCCCAAGCGCGAGGAGAAACCCUUGGAGGACACCAAGAACAAGCUAGAGUGCAAACCCAAACGCGAACCCAACACGGAACUGAGCCAGUGCAUGAGUGCGAAGUACAACGAUCCGAAGUCGGUGAUCGCCCAUCAGGAGCACGUACUGGACACGCUGCAGGCCAUGGACCCGACAGCGGCAGCAUUCACCGUGGACAAUCUGAUAACGAGCCGCGAUCAAGCUUUGGCAUACUCGAACCCCAGGCUGUCGUCCGGGGGGAUGUACUCGUAUUGCCAGACCACUCCUCAAUACAUCGCCGACGAGGCUACCCCCAGAUACAGCCCGUGGUACAGCCCGGAAACGUCGCCCGAAUCGGCGACGACCGCCAGCGGUUACCGGGACAUAAUUUUCGACAGUAGUGCUGCCCCCAGCUGUCAGUUGGCCAGUUUUCGGCAUUCGGGCAUGUCCCCCAGUCCCCCGAAUUACAGGACGACCGCCCCACCCUCCUACUAUCAGCAGGACUGCGUCGGCCAAAAGUACUGAGGGUACGCUUACUUAGACCAUGUAAAUAUUAAGACUGAUAUUUGAAAAUGUUACUGUGCAAAGAACUGUUAUCAAGUGGGUUUACGGCCACCGCAAUAGCUGGUUAACCGGUCAUCCGGCCCCAGUCGAAUAUAUCGGCAAAUGUACAAUAAAGCUUUUCUGUAAAUUUAAGCACGGCGAUUGGGGUCGUCUAACCGGGUAACAAUCACGUAGUGUAAGUUACAGCAGUGAGUUGUUACAUAGUCAUAAACGUAAAAUAUUUGAAAGACACUAGAAAUAUCUAAUUGUAUAUUUCUUUAGUUUCUGGCCCGAUGGGACAGCUUGUUUUUCUUUAAAUGUGAUAAUAACGAUUGAUCUUAAUAUUAGUUUAAAUAAAUUUAUUAUAUUUCUAUUUUAUAUGUAUAUACGUAUUUGAAAAACCGGGGGUGGCAUUUUCUUUUGUUACUUUUUUUAUGUUCCUAAGUAUACCCCGCCUGUGUUUCGCUGCAUUUAAACCUUUCUUUGUGAUUUCGGAUAUGUUGGGUUAGUCCUUUUUUUAAAAUGGUCGUCGUACUAGUUACUCAAAUUGUAAGUGAUCGAAUUUAAACAAAGGAUGCAACUUGAUGUUAAAUGCAUUUUUGUUGAAUAAUGAGCUGACAGAUUUAGGCAUGCGUGAGAUUGAGUGUACAUAUUUAUUUGUAAAAUAUGUAGAUGUAUUACCUAUAUGUGUUAAAAAGAAGCACGUAUGUAUAUUAUUUAUUGAUAUUAUUA